GAUAGUAGUAAACUGUUUAGAACUUUGAGCGAGAGGGGCUGUCUAUCCACACUUUGGUAAAAAAUAUCACGUCAGUUUCCAGCGCCGCCGUUUCCCCCAAAAACAACGGAAUGGUGUGAAUGUCCAGCCGAGAGAAGAACGACUUUAAUAUCCGCAUCCACCGGAGCGACUUUAACUUCUACCAAGUUUACUUGGGCAUUUUCUGGAGACUGCAUGCUGAGGUUUGAAGCUGACUUCCGACAGACUGCUUCAUAGUGAGGGAAACCUUUGUGAAAAGCAGGAGAAAAGGCCUGUUCACCCACCUUCCCCAUACUGGAAACUACAGGAUGGCUAGAAGAUUCCCCAUUCCCUUGUUACUUCUUGCAAUAUGCUGCCAGGCAUCUGCAGGGCCAUUGUUUCGCAGCCCAUGUGAGCUGCUGCCGGUGGGGAUGGGACACCCGGUGCAGGCCACGUUGAAGAGCUUCACCGCCCUGUCAGGCUGUGCAAGCAGGGGCACCACCAACCUCCCUCAGGAGGUCCACAUCAUCAACCUGAGAGGACAUGUUCCAGAGGGACCAGACAACACCCCGGCUGAAGUUGAGCUGCAUCUGAAGCCGAUCCAGUCUUUGCUGCGCCACCAGAAGCCACUGGUCUUAGUGCUCAACUCCCCCCAACCGCUGAUCUGGAAGAUCAAGACAGAGAAUCUGGCCCUGGGCAUUAAACGUACCUUUCAUGUAUCUGAGGGCUCAGAGGUCCACUUUCAGCUUGGAAACUUCUCCCUUUCCUGCCAGAUCCAGAAGGAGACACUUCCCCAUGGCAAUGAGCAUCUCCUCAACUGGGCACAGAAGAAGUACAGGGCAGUCACCUCUUUCUCUGAGCUCAGGAUCACUCAAGACAUCUACAUCAAAGUCGGAGAAGAUCCAUUGUUUUCUGACACCUGCAAGAUUGAUACCAAGUUCCUGUCUCUGAACUACCUGGGUGGCUACGUGGAGCCACAGACAUCAAAAGGUUGUGUGCUAUCUGGACCCAUCAAAGACCAAGAAGUCCACAUCAUUGAGCUCCAAGCCCCGAACUCCAGCAGUGCUUUCCAGGUGGAUGUCAUAGUGGAUCUAUGGCCUCUGGAGGACGAUGCCCCGCUGCAUCGUGACGUUGUCUUGCUGCUCAAGUGCGCCAAGUCUGUCAACUGGGUCAUCAAGGCUCACAGUGUGAUCGGUAACCUGGAUGUAGUGGCCUCUGAUACUGUGAGUGUUAGUUUAAAAACGGAGAGACUGAUGCAAGUGUCAAAAUCCCCCAAGCAACACUUGCCAUCGGGGUCACAAGCCUUGAUCAAGUGGGCAGGGGCGCAUGGCUACAGUCCAGUCACAUCUUACACCAGCACUGCUGUGGCUAACCACUUCAACAUCCGAAUUAGAGAGCCAGAUGUGGUGGAUCCUCUGGAGAGCAUGUUGCCUCCAGAGCUCUCCAUCCUGCGUGACUCCAGUCCUCAUCCAAGAGAGGGAGCUGCUUCCCGAAGUUCUCGUCAGCCCUUUCACUUCCCGCCACCUGUGUCCGACGGCCUGCCCUACCUGCCUCUGCCCUCCUCCCCCGACGACCGGCCCUGGGAGAACAGAGAGCCCGAGGAGCAUCAGGGCAUUCUGAGUGUUGGCUUCAGUGUGCAGUGUGAGGACACGAGGAUGGUGGUCAGCAUCGAUAAAGAAAGCCUGCAAGCGAAUGGGUUUAUUCAUGCCAACCUCACGCUCCAAGAUCCAGCUUGCAAAGCAACAGUCAAUGCCACCCACUACACCCUGGAAACUCCUCUGACUGGCUGUCUGACCACUGUAUAUCCCAUGCAGGGCAGCCCAAUGGCCCUCCACCUCAACUAUGUUCUGAUAAGUCAUGCUGAGACUAAGGAUGGGAGUGGAGGGCCGCUGGAUGAUGAGGACCUAGAAGUUGGAGACAUGCUGUUCCCAAGGGACCCAGUGGAGUUAGAGAGAACAUUUACAGAGCCCACAGAGCACCAGUCCGUCAUAGCGUUCAAUUGCACGUACCGAAAGAGCCAGGAAAGUUCGGCAACAAUUCCCAGGAUUGUACCAGGACCAGGGAGGCAACCGGUCAGCAACAUGUCAUUCAACAUGGAGUUGUACAACACACUGCCGUUCCACAAGCCUUCACGCCAGGCCUUCUACACUGUUUCACAAAAGCAGCAAGUCUUUGUGGAGGUCACAUCAGCCGCAUCAGAUCCGGAGCUGGGGUUCACCAUCUUAUCGUGCUUAAUUUCUCCCAACUCCGACCCCAGUGUGGUCUCAGACUACACUCUCAUUGAGACGGUCUGCCCAACAGAUGAGUCUGUGGAGUACUAUCCUCAGAGGGACUUCCCUGUCCCUCACACACAGGCGAAAAAGCAAAGUUUCAGCUUCACCUUCAACUCAAAGUUCAACAAGUCCCUGCUCUUCCUGCACUGUGAGAUGUCUCUGUGCUCCAAGAGAUCUCAGAGCAACCAAGGAAUGCCACCGUGCUUACAACCCAGUCAGACCUGCGAUUCUCUUUCUCUGGACAAUAUCAUGGCGAUGAUGAUAACCAGCAAGACGUCUACCAAGCCGCUGGUCGUGGUGGAUGGAUCUGGACAACCAGACGAAUCAGCCACUCCUUCUGACAGAGCACCCAAAAGCACAGAGGAGCCUUCUGUUCAUGACACGCUCUACGUGCUGGACACUCCGACAGUGGUGGGGAUCGCCUUCGCAGCCUUCGUGAUAGGGGCUCUGUUGACCGGAGCACUGUGGUUUAUCUACUCACACACAGGUGAGACAGCUGGCCCACAGCAGGUCCAGAAGUCCCAGCCGGUCUCAGAGAACAGCAGCGCGGCCCACAGUAUCGGCAGCACACAGAGCACACCCUGCUCCAGCAGCAGCACGGCGUAGCCCAGGACACAACCUGGCCGGACGCCGAACCCUGCACAGGAAGGGCCCGACAGUUUACAGGGACCGGUUUGUUGAUCUCCUUCCAUGAAAGGAAUUAUUUUUUGGGGAUGUUAUAGGAAGGAAAAAAGUAUGAUUUAAAAAAAACACACAAUAACACCUUUGGUCCUGUAAAUUCCUUUUUUGUGCUAGACUAAUAAACGGUCUUGGUGUUACUUGUCUGUAAUAGAAGCUAGACCCAGCUUGGCUGCCUCACUCCAUAUUUAGUACAAAAAACACUACGAGAAAAACAUUAUUUUCUUGCAUUUCUUUCCAAUCCAAGUGCUGUUUUUUCUGACCACAACACAGCCUUUUGUUUUGACCUUAAAUGGUGAGAUGUAGGCUGUCGGUAACAAGCAGGUGUACUCCAACAGCAAGGAAAGCAAUCAGGCUGCAGGGAUGUCAGUAUUAGUAGGUGAGAUGUUAAUGGCUGGACUGUAACACUUCACAUAGUGCAACCAUGUGGCAAAGGAGCAAAGCAACCACUAUUAACAUGCGGACAAAAGUGCAGUAUGAACGUAAGUCAUCAUCUUGACAGACGGAGACAAUGGCUUUUAUAAGAGGCAAGAUAGAUAUUGAAUGUAUACAGAAGAGUAAACGCCAAAAAAUGUGAAAGAAAAAUGUGAAAGACAUGCUGAUAAAAUGCCACAUUUUAUAAUGUACUCAUACUUCCUUCAUAAUGGAUUUACACACACAGGUUGGCAAGGCGUGUUUUGCAUGUAAAAUGCAUUUCAGUAGAUGUAGUCUCAAUUUCAUGUACACAACUUCCCAGGGGCAUUAUGGGUUCCCUUUUACCAGUCGUGUUUGUGGAAUAGUUCAUCAUUUUGGGAAAUGUUUUUAAUUAGCUUGUUAUCAAAAAGUUAGAUGGAACAGCCUGCUCUCGUAAAAAGGACGUUCCUUAUUUAGCGUAACUUAAAUUACGUGACAAACUUACUUAUUUUAAGCCAGACCAUAAUCUUAACUGUUUGUCUUGAAUUUAAUGAAGAAUACAGUUUUGUUGUAUGGGAACAUCAUUUUUAGGACUAGAAGUAGAUUUAAAUACUUAGACUAGAUAAAUACUUUAACACUUUUAAGAACAAGUUGCUACUGUUACAGAAAAGCUUCCAGUGUUAUGCUAAGCUAGGCUAAUCGUCUAGCUCCAGCUCUAUACUUAGUGUACCGACAUCCGAAUGGUAUCAGUCUUUUUACUUCACUCUUGAAUAUUAAUUAAUCCUAUUUCCCAAAAAGCCAAACUAUUCUCUAAAGACCUGUAUAUUUUUGUGAAUAUUGUAAAUAUUUGAAAAUGUUAUGAGGCGGAGUGUGUGCAAAUUCUGUUCUCGUACUUGUAGAUUAGACAAUAUUUAUCAGUGUGAGAUGCAACUUAAUACCAUUUCUCAUUUUAAAAGUGACGAAACAAGAAUCGUGGUGUUGAAUGACAUCGUAGGACACUGACCCUUUACACUCGGGCUGUUACUUAAUUCUCACCUUUGAGAAAAAGUUAAAUAUUUGGCAUUUUCACUUGAUAAAUAUUUAAACUAACUCAGCUGAUUGUCUUCUUAUCAGAGAGUCCAAGGGAGAGUAGAUUUGUUACAUUAUAAAGUCAAACAGUGUACAGUGUAUGGAUUUUCUUAUCUCUUUGUAUAAAUCUGGGCAGUGACGGUGAGUUAUAUAAACUGUAGCCGAAGCCCAUUGUUAUGGACAUUUAUUUUUAUUAUCUUCUGUUUUUUUAAACUGCCGCCUCAGAAUAAUAUAAAUGUUUGCUGUAGUGCCUUCCUUUACCCUGUAUGUGUUCUUCUGACUGUGUUGGACUGACUGGGAACUUUCUCUGCAACCAUUUAACCAUGAGAAGAAAAGCAGAAUGUAUAUUAUCUCAAAGCCUUUUAUCUUUUUUUCUUAUGUAAACAUGUGCAAAGCUUUCUACAGAGGGAACAGAGUCUAAAUAUAUAUUUGUGUAUAAAAUUAUAUUUUGGAAUAUAUUUACCAAGAGAAUUUAUUGUCUUUUAUGUGUGUUAAGUACUGUGAAUUGUGGAUGAGCUCAUACAUAACACAUGUUUGUGAGGGGAUCUUUGUUGCUUUAUUCAUAAAAGCCUCAUGGCAUGUUCUGUGACACUUUAACUGAUGGAAUUGAAAUAUUCAUAUUUGUGAUAAAUGAUUCAGCUUUUUUAUAUAUAUAUAUAU